GAGUGUUGAUCGAAGUAAAGGACUACUACGGACUGAACAAUUCUGAAGCAGGAAUCAUCCAGACGGCCUUCAUCUGUACAUACAUGUUGUGCUCGCCCGUGUUUGGCUACCUCGGCGAUCGUUACACCCGCAAGUACCUUAUGGCUGUCGGCAUACUGCUGUGGUCACUCCUGACGCUCUGCAGUUCUUUUGUGCCGGCAGAUUAUUUCUAUGGUUUUGUGCUCUUGCGUGCCCUGGUGGGCGUGGGAGAGGCCAGCUACUCAACGAUCGCCCCCACGAUCAUCGCUGACCUGUUUGCCAAGGAGAUGAGAACCAAGGCUCUUAUGGUCUUCUACUUUGCCAUUCCAGUGGGCAGUGGCUUGGGCUACAUUGUGGGCUCCAAUGUGGCGUCUUUGCUUGGCGAGUGGCAGUGGGCCCUCAGGGUGACCCCAGCCCUUGGUAUUGUCUGUGUCGUCCUCAUCGUGUUCUUCUGCCAAGAGCCGCCGCGGGGAAUGUCUGAGGGUGGGGACGUGCACCUCAGGAACACAGACGUUCUCACAGACGUCAAAGCCCUGGCCAAAAACAAAAGCUUCAUGCUGUCCUCUGUGGGGUUCACGUGUGUGGCGUUUGUGACGGGAGCCCUGGCGUUCCUGGCCCCGACGUUUAUGACGUAUGCCAUGCAGAUGGAGGGAAAUCCUCAGCCCGAGUCCACAGUGAGUCUCAUCUUCGGGGGCAUCACAGUGGCCGCAGGCUUCAUUGGCGUAGCCCUCGGGGCGGAGGGCGCGCGACGAUAUCGCCGCGUCAACCCACGUGCUGACCCGCUGGUCUGUGCGUUUGGGAUCCUCAUGUGUGUGCCUUUCCUGUUCUUCGCCCUCGUCAUGUCAGCAACAUCUGCUUUGGGCACUUGGAUCCUCAUCUUUAUCGGGGAGACGCUGCUGUGUCUGAACUGGGCCGUCACAGCUGAUAUCCUUCUGUGUGUGGUCAUUCCAACGCGGAGGUCGCUGGCAGAAUCUGGCCAGAUUUUGAUGUCUCACGCCCUGGGCGACGCCAUCAGUCCGUACAUCAUUGGCCAGAUUGCCGACUCGGUGGCCGCGGACUACGUUGACCCCAUUCGCCCGUCCAUCCAGUUCCUGUCCAUGCAGACGGCGCUGUACCUGACGACCUUCAUCUGCGUGCUGGGCGGGGCGAGUUACCUGGCUACCGCUCUCUGCUUCCAGAAGGACAAGGCGCGCGCCGAGAAGCUCACGCACGGUGGCGGUGAUGUGCACGUUGCCGACGACGACGAGCUGCUGGUGGACGGAGCAGACGUGAACUUUGUGGCAGAGGACGAAUCUCUUAGUCUCCCAGUGUUCUUCCCGGGGUCACGACCUCAAAGUGUGUCAGGAGCGGUGGCCGGAGCGGUCCAGGUGGCCGACCCCAGCGUGCAGGCGGUGGACAGUGAGGGCGAUGCGGGCAUCCCAUCUCGGAAUGUUGUCGUGUAGCCGGGGGGGACGGGAUCAAACCUCGCUGCUGCUGCUGCUGUCGUUGCUGCUGGUGGUGGUGGUG